UUCACGUUUAAUUGAUUCAUUCAAUGGAAAGGUGGGAGAAUCGCGUUGCAGUGGUGACUGGUGCCGGCACCGGCAUUGGAGCUGCCAUUGCGGUAGAUCUAGUUAAAGCUGGUCUUGUGGUAGUUGCGUUGGGGCGCCGAGAAACAAAGCUGCAGAAAAACAGGGAAGCGUUAUCCACUGACCUCCAAUCAAAGUAUCAUCCCAUUCAGUGUGACGUCACCAACGAAGAAGAUGUUAAGAAAGCCUUCGCAUGGGUCGAUGAGGUCCUCGGUGGAACGGAUAUUCUGGUUAACAGUGAAGGAUUAUUGCACUACGGGGAAAACUUGGUUGACCCUGGCAAUACGGACGUAAUUAGUCAAACCCUGGAUGCGAAUGUUACGGCUGUAGUGUUUUCUGUUCGUGAAGCCUUUAAUUCCAUGAAGCGGCGAAAUUUCGAUGGACAUGUGAUAAUCAUGAAUAGCAUCGCUGGGCACACCACUGAGCGGAUUCCAGGAGCAAAUAUGUAUAUACCGUCCAAGCACAUCGUUACUGCAAUGGCUCAAACGUAUCGCUAUGAAUUUGCACAUGCUGGUACAAAAGUAAAGAUCACGAGCAUUAGUCCAGGCGCUGUCAGUACGGAGGCCCUUCCUGAAGGAUUUCUUAUAACCACAGGAAUUCCCUAUUUGACCCCUUAUGAUGUCUCAAACGCUGUACUAUAUGCGAUUGCCACUCCACCUAACAUUCAAAUCUUUGAAUUGACGAUUGAGCCAGUAGGCGCAAGCGUGCGACAUUUGGAACUUAACAAUUAAAUUUUAUUACCACAAAAGGAUCGUAUUACAAUUUCAUGAA